AUGUCGGAUCUCCGGGGCGGGGCCCACGGACUGGUCUUGCCUGCGGGGGCCACAGCGAGCAGCAGCAGCAGCGCGAGGGGGUUCCGCUCCGAGGCGGCGGCCUCGGUCUCGGAAGGGGGCUGUGGUUGCUGCGGGCGUCGCCAGGCGGCGCCCUUCUCGCAGGCCCGCUGCAUGUGUCCAGCGUGCAAAUCCUACCGCGGGCGGACGACGAGCUACUGCGCUUUGCUGUCACUCGGCGAGAGGACGCUUGCCCACAAAACGGCGACAACAGUGAGCAUCCCCCCGAUGAGGGCGGUGAGACCGCUCGACAGGAGUGUCCGCCUCACGGCAACACUCGCUGGCGAGUUGGUGGACGACUUGGCUGCCGCGUAUUCCCAGGGUUGGUUCCAGGAGCGGGUGCACACGUGUAAGCGCGAUUCGGGCUACGAGCACGCCAUAUUCCUGGCACGGUUGCCGGACCUGGCUCUCCAAGUGCAGGGGCCAGUGUUGCAGAAGUGGGGCUUCGAGCCCAGCAUGCACGGCGUCCGCGAGAUGGCGGCCGCCUUGCGCAGCCUCACGGACAGUGGGCCUGAGCUGCCCGCCUGGCUGAGGGAGAGGCAGGACCAGUGCCUCGAGCUGUUGCACUUCAGCAAGGCUCGAGGAAGACAAGCACAAUCUCUCGGAGACCCGCGCGGGUUCUGCGAAUCUGCGGUGAGACCCCCUGGCGGUGCCACCCCUAGCGCGUUCCGCUCGCCAGGGAGGUGGGCCCAGCGCCGAUCCAAAAAGUUCUCGCGGAGCUUCGAGUGGUCAUGUUCAUGUCGUGCCUCUCUCUAUUGUGGAGGAAGAGAAGGAGAAGUCCGACCGCAAGGCUAA